CUGCCGCGGCGAGGCAAGAAAGAGUGUAGCUGGCGUUGCGCGUCGGUGCAGCUGUUAUUUGUGUUUCCAUAUCAAGCCACCGCAGACAAGCGCAGAAUCUUCUCUCUCUCUCUCUCUCUCUCUCUCUCUCGCUCGCUCUCCCUCUCCCUCUCUCUCUCUCUCUCUCUCUUUUUCUUUGUCUCUUUCGCUGAUACACCGUUUUUUGGCGCAUAUACAGACGUUGCUGAAGGUUAAUCAUCUGUCGCGCAGCAGGGCAAUGCCACCAACAACAGCAUAAAUCUACGAGUAGUGCGAAGAAGUGUGCGUUAAUUUCUCGGCAGGCAAGUGUAUCUUCGUCCGGCCGAGUCGAAGAGAGAGAGAGAGAAAGAGAGAAAUUAACUCAACGAGCGGCUCGCCGAGGUGUUAUCUUGGAUUUGUUCUCGAGGAUCAGCCGUAGAAUGACACAUCCAGGAAUAGCAGUGAUGCUGAUGGUUGGGGUUGGUCUUGGUGCUGUUCUUUAUUACUUUUUCGCCAGCACCGAUGAAAGAAUGGGACAGAGUAAUUGCCGGACCCGUUGCCGACCUGACAACAAUAAUCGUUCUAGUAGUUGUUGGAACCCGCCGAAUAGCGAUUUGCGAAAUAGAAGACCAGACCAAAGUUGUCCAAUUUGUUUUGAAGAUGUGGUGAAGGAUACAGUUCGAGUGAUUCAGUGUAUGCACGCUUUCCACAAGAGUUGCAUUGAAAAAUGGAAGAAUGAUGGAUCAGGAAAUGCUUGCAAUCAAUGUCCAAUCUGCAGGAAAAAAAUUGAGGGUCUGGAGGAAUUCUGAUAAGUCUGUACCAUAUUUUAUAUGACAUAUAACUUUUUUUUGUAUUCUUUUAAUAUUAAGCUACGUUAAACUUAUCUAUUGAUUAAGUUACUCGUGUCCAUUGAACAACAAUAUUUGUUCUUAAUUUGUGUAUAAUGGUUAUAAUAGGUCGAUUAACGAACGACGAUAUAGUUUUUUGCUAUUUAGGUUAAGUUUUUUUGUUAUUCAAUAGAUUUUUACUGAAAAAAUUUUAGAUUUAAAGUAUAAAUAAAUUUUUGUGAGUAACAAGUUUCAGUAGACUACUUAGAAGAUAUACUAUUGAAUCUCGCAUAUGAAUAUAACAAAAAUUAUCCACAUUUGCUUGGUGCCAUUGUUAAACCGAUUUCAAAAAAUUUAAGUAGUGUUUUCCAUGCAAGAUCAUAAUAAAUAAUUUUAUUUAAACUAUUCGUAAUUCAGUUGCUACACAUGUAAGAAAUCCCGAUUAAUAAAGAUUAUAUAUUAAAAUUGAAUGUUUAGUCUAUUGAUAUGAGUUACGCAAGUAAACUAGGUCACGAGCAAGUCAAACAAUCUGUGUAUAUCGAUUUUGCGAAUUCUUCAAAAAAUUACACAGGUCGACAAAAUUUCAAAACUGAAAAAACCCAGAAAGCAGAUACUAUAUUCCCGAAGGUUUCUGAUACGCUAAUUUCAAAUCUGACCUCAGAAUAGAUCUAUUACGUUAGGUUUCUAAAAUAUUUUAAUCUAAAAUGUGAAAAACACAAUUUUAAGCACUUUAAGGUUACAUGAAAAACAGAAUAAAUUGUUUUUUUAAAAACCAAUUACAUGACUGAAAAGUAUAAUCCUUAUCUUAUCUUUAAAAAUCCUUCUUUUGAAUUGAAAAAAUAUUCAUUUUUCAAGAUAAAGUUAAUUGAAAAUUACUAAUUCAGGUAAUUUCGUAUAUCAUAGUUAAAUUGAAAAAAUUUGGUAGCAGUUAUAGCGUAAAUCUACAUUUUUAAGAAUAAAAAAUUCGAAUAUAACCUUAAUAUUUAGCAAUGGCCUCUUUUUUUAAUAUUUUCUAACCCAAAAAUUCAAGAUGUACGAAUUACAUUUCAACUCAGUUUACGAAACGUUAUACCUUAUAAUCGACAGGCACUGUAAUUUCCGAAGGUUAACCUUAGUUCAAAGUUAUAGCAUAUUAUGACAAAAUACAUUCUGCUAAAACUUCAACAAGACAAACUUAAGUCGUAAACCUCAAGUACUCUGGAAGCUGUAGAUCCACGAUAGGUUAGCCUCAAAUGCUGAAUAAAAAUUUGUUUCUUAUCAUAUAACCUUGAAAAGUGUUAAAAACCGUGUUUUUCAUACUUUUCGAUAAGAAUGUCUCGGAAUCCUAGGGUAAUGGAUCAAUUCUAACGCCAGAUUCAGAAUCAGUGCAUCAAAAAUCAUCGGGAACGUAGUGUCUGCUUUCUGGAUUUUUUUCUUGUCGGCCUGUGUUAUAAUAUCUGUGUACGAUGUUUGCGAAUAUCACAGUACGUGACUUAUAAAUUAAAAAAGAUGAAAGAAUGUGAUCACAGAGGAUAUUUUCUUAGCACAGCAAUAAGUUUACGUUGACGUUAUUAAGCUACUGUAGUUUAAUAAAUUGUAUACAAUGUAGGCUUUCACGAUACUCGAUAAUUUAUUAUUAAUUAUUUGAAUUGUGAAAGUGUAUUACCCUCGUAGUGAUUAGAUUUUAUAAUGAGUGCGAUUUAAAGAUAAAAAACAAUAGUAGUGAGGUUGCUUAUGCGAUAAUUUUUCAAUGUUUAAUCGUGUAAGGCAACAACGAAAUUUUUGGCUUUGAAGCUUAUUUUAAUCGUGUUAGAUUUUAUUGAUAAGUUUAAAGUUAUCACAGUUAGAAAUCACGUAAGCUUUGUCGAAAGAACAUAAACUGCCUUCAAUUAUUUGAUAUUUUAGAAAACAAAUUUAUUCAUCGUAUUUUUAAGGCGCUUAAGUCAUCGAUAUGCGCUCUACUUUGCAAUCUGUAUAAAAAAAUACAUGUACUGAUUACUUGGAUCAAUUUACAUAAGUCGAAAGUAAUAUUAGCCCUUGGUUAGUAUUGUAGCAAAUAUAAUGAGUUUGUAAUCGAAAUUUAUUUCCAAAAAAUAAAUCUUUUAUACUCAAAUUGGUAAAUGGUAAAUUGGUAUAUUUCUUUUCCUAAAACUUAAGAAACCUAUGAAAGGACAUCGAUUUUCAACGAUUGAGGAAAUAAAAACUGAAUCAAUGAAAGAACUCAAGGCUAUACCUCAAAAGGAUUAUCAAAAGUGCUUUGAUGAUUGGA